AUGAGCCCGCUCCCCGUCGGCAACGGCAGCGCCUGGGGGGCGGCAGCCCCGGGCCCCGGCCCCAACUGCAGCGGCGCCGCCAGCCUGAGCCGGCAGUGGGCGGUGGGGGCCGCCCUGAGCCUCACCGUGCUGGUGAUCGUGGCCGGGAACCUGCUGGUGAUCGUGGCCAUCGCCAAGACGCCGCGGCUGCAGACCAUGACCAACGUCUUCAUCACCUCGCUGGCCUGCGCCGACCUCAUCAUGGGCUUGCUGGUGGUGCCGCCGGGGGCCACCAUCCUGCUGAGCGGCCACUGGCCCUACGGCACGGUGGUGUGCGAGCUGUGGACCUCGCUGGACGUGCUGUGCGUGACGGCCAGCAUCGAGACGCUGUGCGCCAUCGCCGUGGAUCGCUACCUCGCCAUCACGUCGCCGCUGCAGUACGAGGCGCUGGUGACCAAGGGCAGGGCGCGGGCCGUGGUGUGCCUGGUGUGGGCCAUCUCCGCCUUCAUCUCCUUCCUGCCCAUCAUGAACCACUGGUGGCGGGACGGCGCCGACGAGCAGGCGGUGCGCUGCUACGACGACCCGCGCUGCUGCGACUUUGUCACCAACAUGACCUACGCCAUCAUCUCCUCCACCAUCUCCUUCUACGUGCCCCUGCUCGUCAUGAUCUUCGUCUACGUCCGCGUCUUCGCCGUGGCCACGCGGCACGUGCAGCUCAUCGGCAAGGACAAGGUGAGGUUCCUGCAGGAGCCCCCCAGCCCCGGCUCCAGGGGCGGCCGGCGGAGGCGACCCUCCCGCCUGCUGGCCAUCAAGGAGCACAAGGCGCUCAAGACCCUGGGCAUCAUCAUGGGCACCUUCACGCUCUGCUGGCUGCCCUUCUUCGUGGCCAACAUCAUCAAGGUCUUCUGCCGGCCGCUGGUGCCGGAUCAGCUCUUCCUCUUCCUCAACUGGCUGGGCUACGUGAACUCAGCCUUCAACCCCAUCAUCUACUGCCGCAGCCCCGACUUCAGGAGCGCCUUCCGCAAGCUGCUGUGCUGCCCGCGCCGCGCCGACCGCCGGCUCCACGCCGUCUCGCAGGACCCGCAGCACUGCCCCUGCGCCUUCAGCCCCCGGGGGGGCCCCUCGGGGCACAGCAAGGCAGCCCCCCUGCGGCGCGGGGAGGACGGCGAGGCUCGGGGUGCCGGCAGGACGGAGGAGACGGCCCCGUCCCACGGCAGCGCCCACCAGCAGUGGCCCCUGGGCGAGUGCUGGCUGCAGGGCACGCAGAGCACGCUGUGUGAGCGGCUGGACGAGUUUACCGGCAGAGAGACGCCAGCAGGUCCUUCGGUGUGA